CACAUCCCAGGAAAAUGGAGAACGGGAGCUACAUCUCCGGCGAUCGCCGUCCUCAGGUUGGCGUCGCAGUCUUCCUCCUUAAAUCCUCCUCUAUUCUCCUCGGCCGCCGCCUCUCCCCCGUCGGCUAUGGAACCUUCGCCCUCCCAGGCGGCCGCCUUGAGUUCGGAGAGAGCUUCGAAGAGUGUGCUAGGAGGGAGGUGAAGGAGGAGACGGGGAUGGAUGUGGGCCGGGUCGAUGUCUUGACGGUUGUGAACAUGGUGGCCCAAGAUAUUCCCGAACCGACCCAUUUUGUUACCCUUAUUGUUCGGGCCGAGUUGGUUGACUUGGACCAGACCCCUGUCAAUUUGGAGCUCGAUAAGUGUUCUGGGUGGGCUUGGUAUGAGUGGACCGAACUUCCCAAACCAUUGUUUGCCCCUCUUGAAGAUCUUCUGAAAGGUGGUUUCAACCCGUUUUCAGCAUCCUGCCUCAUGUAGAAUUUGUUUUAAUCUUUUGUUAAUUAAUAAUCUUCUGUUCUUUAAAUUUUGUGUCAGGCUAUUCUUGUAUAAACUGGUUUA